UUUGCGCACAGCAUCCUCCGGAUUACAUUAUUUAAGAUCAGCAAUGGGAGAGUACUGAGACAGCUGGGCGAGGACAGAGAGGGACGAGGAACACACCGUUGCAUUGGAUUGGAUUUAUUUAGGCGGAUAGGAAAACCCAUUCUGGAGACCAACCGCGCCUGCUGAACAGUGGGAAUGAAAGCCCUGCGAUUCGUUUUUCUCUUGGUUUGUGCCUUCCUCGUUUGUCAAGCUGAUGGACGCAAAACAUACGGUGACAUGUUUCCCCACAAGCAUGUAAGGAAGUCCCCCUUUCCAAUUCCACCAAUCCCUGGCUGGGAUCCAGACACCAACCCAUGGGAUGACUACCUCUACCCUCCCCUCAACCCCAAGCCAAAACAACUCAUGCACCACAGAGGUAAACCGAAGGUUCACCUGACCAGCGACAGUCCGGCUCUCAACGGCUCUUGCGUCUCCUUCACCGCGAAGUUGGAGUACCCUCCGUGCCAGAAGGAAGAUGCCAACGGGGACGUUAUUUGGGAUGAGCACUGCGACGACACGUCAGCCAACGGACAAGUGCGGAGCGGCUACGUGUACAACUGGACUUCCUGGUUGGACGACUACGGCUUCGGAAAGUGUACCGACUUGAAGAAAUGCAACGUGUUCCCCGAUGGGAAGCCCUUUCCUCAGCGCAACGACUGGAGCCGCAAGAGCUACGUUUACGUGUGGCACGCAAUGGGCCAGUACUUUGAGACGUGCGACGGUUCCUCCUCCAGUUUGACCAUCAACACCACCAAGAUCCCACUGGGCGCGGAGGUCAUGGAGGUCAUGGUGUACAGGAAGCGCGAGCGCAGGAAGUACAGCCCCCUCAGCACCGACAACACCGUCUUCUACGUCACAGAUAAGAUCCCAGUUGCGGUUCAAAUCUCCCAGAAGGCCGCGGUCAACCAGUCGGAGAGCGUUUUCUUUCGCGGCGAGGACGUGCUCUUCGAGGUCCGGCUCCACGACCCCAGCGGCUACCUCAAAACCGCGGCCGCCGUCGACUACAUCUGGGACUUCAGCGACGGCAACCAGCUGGUGACACACCGCGGCGUGACCACGCACGCCUACAGCACGCUGGGGAGCAUGAGCGUCAAGCUGGUGGUGGAGGCAGCGUUCCACGCAGAGUGUCCGCCCACCUCCGCCACGCCAACGCAUGGGAGCUCCACAGAGGCUCCCACACCUCCACUUCCUGGUACUCACGCCGGGACCGUCAAGAUGGAGACAACCCCGGUGGCACCCAGCACCAGCCAGCCCCUUACCACCUCCUCCUCCUCUCCUGCUGCCAUGACAACAGGCCUGCCAACCACAGAGAGCUUCUCCCCUACUGUUGACAACACCACCCCUGAGUCGAACCCCACCACCGCGACCUGGCUGCGCACAAGGAACCUCAACAGCAACGAGUGCUACCGCUACGCCUACGGGACCUUCAGUGGAAACAUCACCAUCGUUGAGCCCAAGCAGGUCCUGAGCAGCCAGCCAAAGAGCCGCAUCGUGAGUGUGAUGGCUGCCCGAAUGACCGACACGGACGUCGGCUUCCUGGUCAAAUGUUUGGGAAACAUCCCCACUUCAGCCUGCACCAUCGUGUCGGACCCCGCCUGCACUCAGGUGCACAGCAUCAUGUGCGAUGACGUGCCGCCGUCAUCCCAGUGCGAGGUGCAUCUCAGACGUACGUUUCCGGCGCCCGGCACCUACUGUGUCAACAUCACCCUGGAGGACGCCGGGAGCCUGACGCUGACCAGCACCAACGUCACCAUCAACAAGUCCCAGGACACGCCCGUGUCCAAGACUUCACACACCGCGGAGGUGGCGCUGUCUUCGGCCGCCGUGCUGGUGGCCGUUUUUGCAUUUGCUGCCUAUCUGGUCUGCAAGCGUCAAAAGGCGUACCGUCCCGUCCAGAGGUCGCCGUCCAAGGACGCCAGGGGCCAUUCCGGGGUCGCAGGACGUGUGAUCCGUUUCAAGGAGGCACUCUUCCCCUCCAGCGAGGAGAGCCAUCACCUUCUGACCGAGAGGCGUCCUGUGUGAGCUCCACACAGCUGCGCCGCCUCUUUUCCGAUCUUUUUUUCUGCUGCUUAGGCAGAGGUAGUUGCUGGAGGAAUUUGACUGAAGCCACGGUUUUAAGAUCAAAAGAAUUUAAAUGUUGUGGCAAGUGCUGCUUCACAGUACAGAUAAUCAUGAUACUAAUCAAGAGUUAAGAAUGACGUCCGUGAGUUGGUUCCUGUAUGAAAAGGCAUGGUCUUCCUAAGUGGAAUUAAUUGAACUUCACAUUUAAAAAAGAAAAUAAACUAAUUCAAUAAACUUACUGAAAACCUGAUGAUUAAUAAAAGGUUGUAAACUAAC